GUCUAGGAUCGAUGAUCAUAUUAUUGACAUAUAAGUUUUGACAUAUAUGACGUGUGUGUUUUAUGUGCAUCUUCUGCUUUUUAAAUUUUGUGUCGAUUGGGAAAACGCACUUUGUUGCGGUAUAUGGGCGUCAUUUAAAUUUGUCUUCUGAAAAUAACUACGAUGACUGCUAAAGUAGUUUAUCCAGCUUCUGGUCGUAAGUCGAUGGUUUGGGCUUACGUGUUCUGGUUAUUUGGGGGUAUACUUGGCCUGCAUCAUUUCUAUCUCCGUCGCGAUAGACAUGCUUUUGUAUGGUGGUCAACCCUAGGUGGGUUUGGUAUUGGAUGGCUAGGGGAAGUAUUUCGUAUACCGCGUUAUGUGAGAGAUGCCAAUGAAGAUCCCCUGUACAUCCAAGAACUAAUCAACAGAAUGCAACGGAACAAAAAGCCUCCAUUUUCAAUGAAUCGUUUCACUACAAUGUUGAUGGUUGGAUACUCUUGGGGCCAGAUGAUGAUGUUAGCUGUACCACCUGAUGAAUUUUGGGGGUUGAAUCUCCGAUAUCUCAAUUUGCUUGUCCCUGUUGUUGUUGCUCUUGGUGUAUGGACAGUGGGUAAUAUUGGUCGUGAACAAGGCGGUCUGAAGUGGCCACUGUUAGCCGCGUUUGCAGCAUAUCCCGUAAGAUAUUAUAUCUAUGAUGAAAUGGUCUGGUUCACCGCAAUGGUUGUCACUUCAGCGCUCGCCUUUGACACGUUUUCCAAGGAAUGGAGAAGGACUCCACGCAAACGGCAUAAUAUUGCAAGAAGGGCUAUUGUGUUGGGUGCUUGCGCGUGUUUGUACCUAUCUCUGUGGUGCGGCUACUUGUACUUCCAUGGCACCAUAACGGACAGUGAGGGUGACGAAGUACCCAUUUAUGAGGCACUGCAUCAUUUCUUCACAAGUCCGUGGUGGUUGGAUGUAAAACAAUGCCUUUUGGAUACAUAUCAAUACGCGCAGCAUCACGGCUUGUAUGAGGUGUGGAAACAAAUCAUAGAUCUGUCUGAUCCCCACGGUGAACAGAAUGCCUAUAAGGUCCUCGGUUUAGGUCCAGAUGCAACCCAGCAGGAAAUAACAUCCACAUGGAGAAAAUUGUCUCGUGAGAAUCAUCCAGACAAAGUGAAAGAUGAGCUUCAUAGACGGGCGGCCCAAGAGAAAUUCAUGGAAAUACAGCAAGCUUACGAAAUACUGUCUAACAGCAAACAUCGAAGGAAUAGACGCAAUAAAAAAGACAAUUCAGAACCAAAGUCUAGUGGGCGUAGUGAAAUGUGACGAACGCUAUACGAACUGACUCCGAUAACUUCUAAUCGUGCUAUAUUUGAACUCUUUGUCUAUUUAACGUAAUUCGCCGUGGCUUUUAGACUUUGAGAUUUUAUCUAUUUAGAAACGAAAAAUUUAUAAAAAUACAAAAAAAAAAAGUUAUUGUAACAAAGUGGAAACUUUAUUAGUAGAAAUCUAUUGUAAUCUCUUUGACUCGCCGCUUAAAGGCGUUAAGUACUUACUUAUAUCUAGUGAUUGUUUCUAGACGAACAAUUUAACUAUUAGUGCGUAGUACAUCAACAGUUUGCUCAAAUUUUAAAUUCUAAUAUAUUGUGGAGGUGUUAUUGUUAUAAUUAUUAUAGAAUGGUGUCGAGCAUUUAAUGUACCAAAUAUAUGCAGAGCAUUUAAUAGAGUUAAUUCAGUAUUUACUCUAUUUUUUAAUAUUUUUUAUAAGGAUUUUCUUGUAGUGUUGUAAUUAAUGAAAUCGCGUUUAUUUUUAUACGUGUUAAUUGUCUUUAAUAGGGUUAGAACAUAUAGUAGAUCUACAGUUGCUAUUCUUUAAAUUAAUUAACUUUGAUUUAUCCAAAGCUACAAAAAGCAAUUUAACGGAAUAUAUCAUAGUUUUAGAAGAUUUAUUUAAAUGUUUUUAAAAUAUAAUUAUGGUCAAUUGAGGCACUAGUUGAAUAUAAUACUUGUAACGUAACAUAUUUUUAUCAAUGUUAAUAACUUAAAAUGGGAAGAGUUUCCUUUGAUACAAUUAAAGUUGUGGAAGCAACUUAAAAAGUCAAAUGAUUAUUUAAGAUAAUGCAGAACUAUGAUAUGUUUAUAUUCUGAUACAGAGUAACGACGACAAAGCUAUUUUCUUCACCACUUUUCACAAACCUGGAAGGCAUUUUAACAACUUUUACCCUCGUAUAAAAUAAUUAUUAUUAUCGCAAAGAAGGCGAAUGUGGCGACAGGACUAUGAUUUGACGACAAUUUGAUUUAUCCUAAUCAUCGACUCUUAAGUCUAUAGGAAAUUGCGUCGCUACGUGCGCGCUAGCCCAUAGAGUUGAUGGGAGAGACAAAAUUGUUGCGGAGACAAAAGUUGCUCUUGCGCGCUAGCUCUUAUUGGCUCACCAAUCACGACUAUUUUAAUUGUAUCAAAGCUGUAUUUUUCCUAAUAAUUUUUCGUGUGUAUGAAAAUACAUUGAUCGUUGUUAAAUUAUAUAUUUUUGUAAGAAAGGGGCUUAUUAUCUGGCGGUAAUUAAUGCCUGGCCCAUUUGAAUUGUAGUCUACACGUUAUUUAAUUACGUAUCGCACAUUUUUAGAUCUUUUUUUUAUUUUUAAGUAAUCUUACCGGUUUCACAACUUCUAGAUAAGUUCUGGUUAGCUUAUCUGUGAGUUUAAAUGACAAUGUUUGAAAUUAUACGGCAAAAUGAGUUAUCAGUGACUAUCAGAUAAUUGUGAAACUGGUCUUUAGUAUUUUAGAGAAACUAAAUGAUAUUUUUAUUUAUUAGAUUUGAUUGUAAUAGGUAGUAGUAAUCUCAAUAAAACAUUUAUUUUAUAAUUACGUUAUGACUGAAUUAAGUUAAUAUUAAUGUAUUAAUAUUUAUUAGUCUGUUAAAUGUAAGUUUUACCUUUAUUAUUAUUGUAUGUUAAUUUUUGAUUUUUUAAUAUUUAUAUUUAUUAGUCUUAAUAGUAUUUAAGGAAUCAAAUCGAGCAUUCAUAUUCUAAAAAUAUUAAAUGUAUUAGAGGUAUUUUAAAUUAUUAUAACUGCUUAUAAGCAA